CAGACCAAUGUCAUCCCGGGACGCCUCCCACCUCCCACUCUCCGCACGGCACCCUAUCCUGCAUGACCCAUCCCUCCCAACUCGUCAGGUACUGUCAGUAUAAAGCGCCCGGAUGUCCGGUCUUCAUCACUCAGUGCUCCAUCUCUUCACACAGCAGCACGCUCGCCCAGACAGCAGCAACAUGGUUGCAUUCAAAGGGGAACUGAUGGUGCUGGUGCUCGCGCUCGGCACCGUGCUGGCCGAGCCCGCCUUCCGCCGGCAGCAGGUUCAGCAGGCGCAGCAGCCCAAGGAGGAGGAGCUCGACGCCACCACCGAGCCGCCCACCGAGGAGCCCCCCGCGGAGCCCCAACAGCCUAGGGCCACCCCCAAGCCCAGACCACAGACGGCCGCCGUUCGCAGCGAGAAGCAGCAGGUGACCCAGGGCGAGUACCACGUCAUCCUGCCUGACGGCCGCCUCCAGCGGGUGCAGUUCGCCACACAAGCGCGCCAGGAUCAGCAGCAGCAGGUUGCUGCUCCCGCCCAACAGGCCGUGCGACAGGGCAAGUACUACGUGGUCCUCCCUGACGGCAGCCUCCAGCAGGUGGAGUUUGCUGCCAAGGUGCAGCAGCAGGAGGCGCCCGAGCAGCGCCAGCCCGCUUCCCCUGCCACCUCACGCCGCCCAACUGCACGGCCCCAGCAGCAGCAGGCUGCGGCGGCCCCCGCCGUGCCCGUGGCACAGGCCCAGUAUUUCGUGGUCCUGGCCGACGGUAGUCAGCAGGAGGUGCAGUACUUUGGAAGAGUGGAGGCCACGCCCGCCGGGAACCAGGACGACCAGGAUGCCGACGACGACGAGCCCGCCGCCACGAACGCUGCCAGCCCCGCUGCUGCCCCCAGACCUGCCGCGCCCCGCCCCCAGGCCGCCCAGCGCCGCCCCCAGCCUGAGCGCCAGCAGGCGCAGCAGGCACGCCCUGUCGUCCUGCUUCCUCAGCAGGAACCGCUCCAGGAACCCGCCGUGCCGUCCAGCUUCGUGGCCGAGCUCCGCUUCAUGGAAGUGCCGCCCAUCACAGGCCCUGUGUACUCCUACUCUCAGCCGCUCGUGCGCGUUCAGCGCGGAUUUUAAAUCCUACCGUGUAAAUUAUUAACUCUAUAAAUAUGGCGAAAUAAAUUUACUAUUUGUGCAUAGAA